GUUUUAUUUCGUAUAGAAAAUAUAAGAUUAAUUUAAAGUAAACUAAGCUUAUAAUUUAGCUUUUUAUGUGUAACUUAAAUCUAAGUAAAAGAUAAAUUUAAGAUGGCCUUUAGAGGAAAAUGCACAUUCGGCACUAAACCACCUUUGAACAAUAAUUUAAUAAGUGAAAUCAUAUACAGGGAGGUCAAACAUUAUCGUAAUUACAAGUCAUAUAGACCUAAUUUCAGAGCAAUACCGUUGGCCAAUAAAUUCUACGCAGCACACGAUUUAAAAGUGAAAGAAACCGAGGAUGAGAGACAGAAGGUAGAAGAGUACGCUGAUAGGGUAGCUGGCUUAAAAAGAGUACCUCGCAACAGAUAUCCAGCACCGGUCACAUCUAACCAUGAAUACGGAUGGCAUAUAAAAAUACCUUCGGAUAGAAACGAAAAUUAUCGAAAAACAAGCGAUAGUAUAUACCGUAAUAAUAAGAUAUACAGAUAAAAGAUUAUUAGUGAGUUUAUAUUGUAACCAUUUCUAUGGAAGUUUCUAGUUGAAAUUGUACACACAAUUCAAGCUGGUGGGAAAAUAUUCAAAAACGAUCCAAAUGUCACUCAUUUAAGCAAAUACAAAACGUAAUAAACUUAAACAUUUUAUUUGUAUAAUUAUAAUAUUAAGUCUAAAUUGAUUUUCUAAAUAAACUAAAAGAAAUAAAACACU